ACCUACUUCCGGGCCGGUCUAGGCUCCUUCCUCCCACUCUAUGGUCAGCUGGGAGCGGCCUGUGCGACAAUAAUAGCAAGCGGCAUUAGCAGCAGCAGGAGCAUCAUGGCCGGCAUCAAAGCUUUGAUCAGCCUGUCGUUCGGGGGUGCUGUUGGACUAAUGUUCCUAAUGCUUGGCUGUGCACUUCCACAGUACAACCAAUAUUGGCCAUUGUUUGUUCUGUUCUUCUACAUCCUCUCUCCAAUUCCAUACUGCAUAGCAAGAAGAGUAGUCGAAGAUACAGAUGCUACAAGUAAUGCCUGCAAGGAACUUGCCAUAUUUCUUACAACAGGCAUUGUUGUCUCAGCAUUUGGGCUUCCAAUUGUAUUUGCCAGAGCACAACUGAUUUAUUGGGGAGCCUGUGCACUUGUCCUCACAGGAAAUACAGUCAUAUUUGCCACCAUCCUAGGGUUUUUCUUGGUUUUUGGCAGCAAUGAUGACUUCAGCUGGCAGCAGUGGUGAAAUGAGUUGGAAAGAGAACUAUCGACAUCUUAAGUCAUUCAAUGGCCAUCCAUACAACAGAAGGAACAGGCAAUAAAGUGAAUGUACUGUUUCCACAGAGGGACCCUAGGUGUAGGACGCUCUGUAGUCACUUUUCCUCUCCUAUUACAUACAAUGUUAGCAUUUUGCUUGAUUUAAAUGUUUUAAAUUGUUGAUGCUGUUUUAUUUUAAUGUUUUAUUUUGAAGUGGGAACCAGAACACUUAAAUUUAAUGUUUAAAUGUGUUUCUUCUUUGGAUAACAUUAUAACUGUGUUUAAACAAAAACUUUUAAGCUGUUAUGUACAAUUGUGUCACCAGAUUGACAACUGCCUGACGACACAAUCUGAUCAAAGGCAUGUGUAUUUGGUACUAAGUCCCACUGAGUUCAAAUGGGGCUUACUCCCAAGUAACUAUGCAUAGAAUUGUGCAUAUGCUGUUGAUCUCUGUAGAAGAAUUAAACCGAGUGUGUUCAGCACUCAUUUUUCUGAAAUGGGACUUAAAAGAGCUGAAUUGUGUCCUUAAUUAGCAAAUGUGUACAUGGUUGCAGGAGUUUGGUAGUGAGGUGUAAAAAGCUGAAAAGAAUAGUAUCCAGCAGAUGAAUAUUCUGUUACUUAAUCCUCUGCACAGGUGAAAAUAUUAUGUCAUUGGUAAGGGAAUGAUAGCUUUUGACAAUAAUGGGAUUCCCGAGUUUUAAUUAUUUUGAACAUUUGUACUCCUUGUACAAAUAUCUUGCAAGUUUUUAUUUGUUGAUGCUCUAAAUAGUGUGGAGGGGGGUCUGAUCUCUCAGUGGGACAAGGAAGAGAGCUGAUGUUUAAAUGCCACUUUUUUUAAAAAAACAUUUUGAAAUCUUCCUAUUUAUAUGUAUCGUAUGCUUCGAUCUUCUGUGUCAUUUAUGUUAUGUUAGGGGAGGUUGAUGGAACACCUAAGGAACUACUGAUUUUGGGCACAAGCCAGCAGGUUUUCCUGCAAAAGUUACAAGGGAAGAAAUGUAAGUGCUCUUGCCCAGCUCACUUUUUAUUCCUGUGACUUGCACAGGAGAACUUUCCAGUGGACUGCACCCACUAUGUUGGCAAACUAUACACGGAGAAUUUUUACUUCCCUUUUUAAUUUAUUUUAUACAUAAAAAGGCUUUUGAAAUGAAGAUUAAAACUUUUGCUGUAGUUAAUAACAUACCAGAGAAAUUGAUUACUGUAUUAAUAGACAGUCGAAGCUUGGCAACCUGGCAAAUCUUUGACUCUGAAGAUUUUAUAGCAAUUCUGUCAAUGUUUCAGUUUAUGCAUUAAUGUAUUGUUAGAUCACAACUGUAGUUCUGUUAGAAUAUCACAUGUAACCUGCAAUAUUUAUUAUUUGUUGCAUACCUCUUAAUUGUCUGUUCCAUUAACCAUAAAUUACCAUAUUUUGUAGACAUAAUUCUUUUGGAGUGGUGCUUUGCUGGUGACUCCUUAGCAAGAUCUUUAUAUGCCUCUCUGUAUUCAUGCAAGCUGGCUAUUGUCAGUUGCUUAAUUCAGUCACCUGAACAUAUUCCUUUUUGAAACUCAGUUUCUGAACAUGGUAUGAUCCAUCCUCUCUCGAGGCACAUAUCUAGUCUUCUCCACUCACUGCCCUCUUGUGGUAGGUCCAUGGGUAUGCAUACUCUACAGAACACCCAUAUACCUAUCUAGCCAUCUUUAACAUCCCUGGCAUCUUGCAGAGCUGAAGAUAACUAGUUGGAUGUAGUAGUAGUAUGUAGAGAUCUCCUAUUGCAUAACAUCUCCUUUUGCCUGGUGUAUUGCUCAUAUGGGAUCUGUGGAGAGCAGCUGGGAAGAGAGCUGGUCUUCCUUUUCACUGGGGAAACUCCAGAUUGGUGAAAGGGACUAGAUUACAUCUUGCACUUGUAGACAUCAUAAAACAAAAAGUUAUUUAAUAGGUUGUAGCUAUUAGUGCUUCAGGAUACAGGUGCAUAGGUGAUACAGGGUUUAUGUGUAUUUUGUUUUAAAUAUUGUUCUAACUUGAAAUACAAAAUAAAUCCUGUAGGCUAGCGAUCAUGACAGUUACUUCCAUAUUGUAACUGCAGAAAUAAUUCCGCAUCCCCAUUCCAAGACUCAGGAGCUGAAGAUGGAGACGUACGAGUGGAGUUUGAAGAACUAGUGACAUUUAUGUGUAUCCCCAUCUAAGUUUUAAAUAUCUGAACAUUUUCCAGGUCUGUCUUUGGGAUUUGGCAACAAAAUGCUUACUGCAUUACACUGAGACUGAUUCUCUUAAAUCUCUGACAUUAUUUUGGAAAUUCCCUGCACUGACAGUGGAGUAGUCUUUGCUAUAUAUAAAUGUGAACUCAUUUUGUGACCCUCCAAUUCAUGUAUUAUAGCAAAAUGGGUUCUCUUCUUCCCUGUACUUGCUCUUCUUUGUGAAAUGACUGGCUACUCUUCAGUUGAGUGCCAACUCUAUUAUAUUUCAUAGUAGUGUAUUUUCUGCAUAUUAAUUGUGUGGACAGCAUUGUUGUGGCAAUCUCAUUGAGUUUUACAUAUAAUGCUGUCUUUGAUUAUCAGAUUAGAGGUUUAAGAGGUAUGUCUUUUUUCAUGUUAUAUGCACUGAGAAACAUUGUCAUCCUUCUACAAAAGAUAAAUUUUGAUGAAAAAACAAUAAAAAAAUUAAAUACCA